CUAUUCCUGUUCGAUUUGGUUAAUACAGAGAUUGAUUGGCAAGCAAAAGGGGGUCACCUGUGGAACCACGUCAUGGAAACUAGAAGAAAUGUCUGCUCCUCAAAUCUGAGACAGCAUGCAUGAGAAGCUAACCCAAUUGAAAUAAAACCAUACCAGACUCCACUUUGCAGCCUUCAUGACUGCUAACCGGAGGAACCAGAGUCGGAUCACAGAGAAGCAAGGGCGAGUGAAGAUGUUCGCGAAAACCAGGUCCACUAGCGUUGAUGAGAUCUGGAUAAGCAACCAUCUUCUCUGAUCGAUGAAUAGCAUAGUCCAGAGCACUAUACACAUUCCGGGCUGCGAUUAGGUACCGGUCGGGUAUAGAAGAUGUCUGCUUCGCUUCAUUGAAUAUACCUUCAAAAAUUUCGUCCUUCUCCUUUUCAUCAGUGUCUUCUUCAGGUAGGUUUAUUUGAAUGCCUAAACCAGGAAUCUCUUUCCAUUCAGGAAAAAAUCUUCCGUGACUUUUCAAGAGUUCUUCAAGUUCAAAUUUGGUUGCGGAGACAUCGAUGUCAUGAUAUUCAUAUUGAGGAUCAGGGGUUCCACAGCUGGAAUUUGCAUCAUCAGCGUCUGAAAACUGUUCAUUGUCUUCGAGAUGCGUUUCUUCCUUGUCGUCGUCAUCUUCGGAAUUCACAUCAACACUUUCAUUAUCUUUCACCUCCAUUUUCCUACCUGAGUUUAGCAAUUUCUCAUUAA